GAGCCAGCCACGCGCAGGCGAGAUGCGGGCACACCAGGGAGGAAGAGCCCAGCCCCUGCAGGGGCUGCCAAGCUGUUGAGUGUCCGAGUCAGGGAACGCGCUCCGAACUCAGGCUCCUCUGCGAGCCGGCUCCAUUCCCGGCAGGAGAGCCCCGCCCCGCGCCCGGCCAGGCAGGGAGGCGGGCCCGGCCCGGCCCGGCGGAGCGGUGCUGAAGUUGCUCGGGAUGGUGGAAGUUCCGCGGCCGGGGGAGGCCAGGGCUGCGGGCGGCAUGCAGCCGGCCGCGGGGGCAUAGCGAGCGCCCCGGCCAGCCCAGCGCGGGCUCUCUGGCGGCGGCCCUACAGCCCGAGCCGCGGGACCUUCUGCGCAGGUAAUGGCCUGCGCCCUGUUGCUGCUUCUGGCCUGUGGCUUGCUGGGUCAGUGCCAGCAGGAGCCCCAGACCCCGGACUGGAGGAUGACCCUCAAGACCAUCCGGAACGGGGUGCACAAGAUAGACAUGUAUCUGAACGCGGCUCUGGAUCUCCUGGGAGGAGAGGACGGCCUGUGUCUGUAUAAAUGCAGCGACGGGUCGAAGCCUCUUCCACGUUAUGGGUAUAAGCUUUCACCACCAAAUGGAUGCGGAUCGCCGCUAUUUGGAGUUCAUUUUGACAUUGGUAUCCCUUCGAUGACAAAGUGCUGUAAUCAACAUGACAGAUGCUAUGAUACCUGUGGCAAUAGAAAAAAUGAUUGUGAUGAACAGUUUCAGUAUUGUCUCUCCAAGAUCUGCAGGGAAGUACAGAAAACAUUAGGAAUAUCAGAGAGUGUACAGGGGCAAAUCCAGGUGGAUAGUGGGCCUGCUUUAAAUACCAAAGGUGGAGACCAAAACGUCACAGAAACAGAUGCCUUUGAGAGAAGCCAACCAUUUGAUCCAGCAGCACAAUACAAAAUGAACCACAAGCGAAGAGGGGUUGCUUUAAUCUUCAAUCAUGAGCAGUUUUACUGGCACUUAACACUGCCAGAUAGACGUGGCACACUUGCAGACAGAGACAAUCUGAAACGCAGUUUGACAGAGCUUGGAUUUGAAGUCAGAUGCUUUGAUGACCUUAAAGCAGAAGAGGUGAUACGGAACAUUUAUGAAGCGUCAAUGGACAACCACAGUGAUGCUGACUGCUUUGUGUGUGUGUUCCUGAGCCAUGGUGAAGAUAAUCACGUUUACGCCUAUGAUGCUAAAAUAAAAGUUCAGACAAUGACAAACAUGUUCAAAGGAGACAAAUGCCCAAGUCUAGUAGGAAAGCCUAAAAUAUUUAUAAUUCAGGCCUGUCGAGGAGAUCAACACGAUGACCCAGUCAUUGUUCACGAUGCAGUGGACAGUACUGUAGACAAGUCCAAGGUCAAUGAAACUGAAGUGGAUGCUGCGGCUAUAUAUACUUUACCUGCUGGUGCAGACUUUCUAAUGUGCUACUCGGUUGCAGAAGGUUACUAUUCUCAUCGUGAAACUCUAAAUGGCACCUGGUAUAUUCAAGACUUGUGUGAGAUGAUAAGAAAGUAUGGUUCUUCCUUGGAAUUCACAGAACUUCUCACUCUGGUUAACAGGAAAGUAUCUCUUCGCAGAGUGGAUAUGUGCAGAGACAUGAGUGCAAUAGGAAAGAAGCAGAUUCCUUGUUUUGCCUCAAUGCUGACUAAAAAAUUGCACUUCACUCAAAAAUCAAAGUAGAUAUGCCCAUCUGUGAGAAUGGCAUCUUAUUCAGAUUCACUCCAAAAAUGGAAAAUAUCUUCAUCACUUAAUCUUGUAGUCUAGAAGAUCACUGAGUGAAGGGGUUGUUCUCUUGUUCAGUAGUUUAUAACAUGAUUUUCAAUGUAGCUAGAGAACUGCACAGUUAUUCACAUCAUGCAUUUUCCUUAACAGGACUAUUUUCAAAAAUGCUGGGAUCAAAUUUCAGGAGCCAUAAUUUAAAUACUUUUAAAAAACCUUUCUAUAUUAGAAAUUAUUGCUUUGUUAUAAUAAAUCAGCAUUGCAGCAACAGCAGUCUCAGGGAAUUUUGGGAGAAAUAAUUGUAACACUGAUUUCUGUGUAAUAAAAAUUGCAAGGUGCUCAGAUCCUAUGGUAAUGAGGGUCAUAUAUGUCCUAAGAAAGAAAACACUUUUUAACCAAUUUUUUAAAAUGUUCUGACUUGCACUUGAAUGACACCUUGUCUACUUUCUAACUGCAUUCUAGCAUUUUGUAACUUUUUUUCACAAAUUUUUAAAACUGCAUUAGACUAUAAAAGCUUUUUUUUGUUUUUGCACUGACAUUAAUUUAUGAGGAGUGCAACUAAGGUAUGUUUGUAAUUUUUCUGUAUCUUAAAAAUAUUUAACACCUACAACGCAUUAAAAAUGUGCAAUGUGUGUUUCACUCCAA